AAACAAUUUGAUCGGUAUGUGAAAGAUUUGGUAGAGGCCGACCCUGAGAACUGGAAGCUGCACGGAAUUAAGAGAGUGUUUUUUGAGACUGAUGAUUUCCAAAAAGCACAAGAAAAACUCAAGGUAGCUCAAUACCAGUCCGAUGUAGCUACUGAUUACGAUGAACCUUCCACAUCAAAAGCAGAAAAGAGGGUUGUGAAACCACCGUUUCGUUAUAUGCCUAGCUCAAGUGAUGAAGACGAGCUUAAGCCACUCGCUGCAUACAACAAAAAUCAAAGAGUAAUGAAAAGACCUCCCCCAAUUUAUGAAAACACAAGUGAUCAGAGUCCCCAAACCCCCAAACGUUCGUGUUGCAGCAGCAACAUCGAGGGUAUUACUAAAAGGUCCCAAACUGUAGAUGAGGAAAAUCUUGAAGAAGUAUCAGAAUUGCAUUCCGAACUGAACGCAGUAAAUUUUAGAGGUUUUCAAAAGAAGGUGCUCUCAAUAUUGUUUGGUCUGCAGGAGCAGAAUAAAAAGAUUUUGCAACUGCUUGAACAAAAAACUAUUCAAACAUCCCAGGAAUUCGAAAUACCGGUUGAAAUCCCCUUGAAAACAGAAGCUGGGUUGGAGGAAUUGGAAAUUUUUUUAAACGAAAAAAACAAUUUUCAAGCAUUCGUGAAAAAAAUAUCUCUGUUUGGAGCAAGAGAUAUUUCUGCUGCUGUUUACAGCAUUUUGAGGCAUCUUAUCACGGACGAGGUGGCAAAAAAUUUUAGCUUUUAUGGAAAACGAGGAGGGAAGAGACCAUUCCAUCUUUUGAAAUUAAGAGCCUCUGUAGUUGAAGCUGUGCAGAUCUGCAUUGGAAGUGCAACCAACAGAAGUAGAAAUUUCAAACGUUAUCAAAACUUGGCUCAAACAUGCCCCAGAUCGUCUAAGGAAAACAACAAAAAAUAAGCACUAGCAGUAAA